UUCUGUGCGGGCUCGGUGAGGCGGCGGCGGAGCUCGGAGGCGGCCCCAGCGCAGGAUUUUUCAUUCCCAAAGCGUGGGCAGAUGGAGGAGGCAGAAAAGCCCCGGAGCUCCCUCAUGAGGAAGGGCUGCAAACCCAGCCCAGGGAGCUGUGAGGAGCAAAGACCCUCCGUGAGCCGGGAAGGCGGCCGGAGAUCCAGGCAGAGCUCAGAGCUGGUGGAGAAACCUCCUGGAGGGGAGAAGCCCCACAAGUGCUUGGAAUGUGGGAAGGGUUUCAGCUACAGGUCUGAGCUGAUCCGGCACCAGAAGAUCCACACUGGGGAAAAGCCCUACGAGUGUGGGGAAUGCGGGAAAAGCUUCAGUGACAGAUCCAACCUGAACAGGCACCAGAGGAUCCACACUGGGGAGCGGCCCUAUGAGUGUGAGAAGUGUGGGAAGGGCUUCAGUGACAGCUCCAAUCUGAUGCAGCACCAGGCGAUCCACACAGGGGAGAGGCCCCACACCUGCUUAGAAUGUGGGAAGACCUUUGGAUGGAGUGCCAGCCUGAGAGUCCACCAGCGCAUCCACACCGGAGAGAGGCCCUACGAGUGUCCUGUGUGUGGGAAGAGCUUCUCACAGAGCUGUAACUUGUCCCAACACCGAAGGAGCCAGCAUUAAGUGAAGCCCUGAGAGUGCCCCGAGUGUGGGAAGAGCUUCGUGCUCUGCUCCAGCUCCAUCCCCCACGGUGCUGGAUGAUCCCCAGUGACCCCCGCUGAACAGCGCCCUGGUGAUCCCCGUUGUGUGGGGGGAAGUGGUUGGAGAGAUUUCCACCCCUUCUCCUUGUCGUGCUGUGAUUUGGUUGGUAAUAAAUUCCCUCCCCGUGCCCAGGCUGGGUCUGUUGUUCCCGUUCGGUGCUCGGGGCGGGAUCUCUCCUGUUCCUGCUCUCAACUCCCGGGCCUCUCCUCAGCCAAUCAGACAAUGCGAUGAAGAAGAUUCAGCCAAUCAGAGAGAGCAGCUCUGAUGACUCACCGGUUGCCGGGCAGACCCGCAGCACCCAGAGUUCCCCACCUGG